AUGUCCAGCAAAGUCGUUAAUUCGAAAACAAAAAGAAGUAGAUAUCCUCGAACAGUUGUCCAGAAGUUGAAGUCUGUCGGGCAAGCUAUUGAACCUAAUUUACCAGUAAAUGGUGUCUCGGGUGCUGAUAAACCAUCUUCAAACAAUGCAUACUGUCCUCAUUGGUCUCAUGAUGACCUAAUUUCUGGUGUCAGAAAUGGAACACUUCUAUCAGGUAACCUUCGUAUCAAUCCGAAAAACUUCGAAGAUGGAUACGUAAAGCACCCGGCUGGUGAUGCCGAUGUAUAUAUCUCAACUUUAGCAUCCAGAAACCGAGCACUACCAAAUGAUAUCGUUGCUGUCAUGCUGGAACCAAAGCGCAACUGGAGGGUAUUUGAUUCUUUUAUCGAUGAAGCCACCAUGAGAGAAAUCGGGGAUUCAAAUCAGAAGAAGAAACUUAGAUAUGUUACUUUGGAACAGUUUCUUAAAAUUCAACCUAUGGGGUUAGAGCAACUCAUAGGAAGUUGUCUUGCAGAAGAGAUAGCACAGGAUCUAGAUUCACCUUCAGAUCCUAUUGAUUCCUCCUCAAGUGAGCAAGAUGUGCAAAGUCACAAAGCUUGGUGGGCGAUUAUACAAAGGACUGGCCAUGUUGUUGGAAUCCUUCAAUCGCUACAUUCCCGUGCUUUCAUAGGCAAUCUUCAAAUUCCUAGUAAUUUCCAAACUCCGAAAAAAGUAUCUCCGAAGGGUGAUCAGAAUAAUAACCAAUCAGAGGCUAUACGUACAGAUCCAGUUCUUUCUAAUUGGAAGAAUGCUGUGCUCAUACCUACGGAUACACGCCUACCACGAGUCUUCAUACCUCGUGAAGCUUGUCCGGAAGGAUUCCUGAAAAAUCCUGAAACCUACAAAAACGUUCGUUUCAUUGGUCGUAUCACUGAAUGGUUUGAUUCGAAUAUGUUCCCGAAAGGGGAGUUGUUACGAGAAUUGUCUUGUGACUCUUCCACUCUGAUUCAGGAUGAAACGGAUAGGAUUUUAGUUGGAGCAGGAUUUAUUUGGGGUGUGGAAGCAGCUUUCCAGUUUCCUGAUAUUGUCACUGAAUCAGUUCGUAAGUCUGUUGAUGACGUGAAUGCUAUUCGUGAGAAGGAUUUUAUUUUCCGUAAAGAUUUUCGAAAAUAUUGUGUUUUUACGAUUGAUCCCAGUACCGCUAGAGAUCUUGAUGACGCUUUGCAUAUUAGACAGUUGGAACCGAGUGAAAUAGAAAAAUUAGAAUGCAGCGGUUAUCGAAACGCAUUUUACGAGGUUGGUGUACAUAUAGCUGAUGUUUCAUAUUUUGUGAAACCAGACAGUCCAGUUGAUAAGGAAGCGGCGUCCAGAGCAACUUCUAUAUAUCUAGUGCAACUGUGCGUGCCUAUGCUUCCACGUCUACUUUGUGAAGAACAAUGCAGUCUUAAUCCAGGAGAAGAUAAGUUAGCGUUUUCUGUGGUAUUCACUGUAACUGAGGAUGCCAAGAUUUUAACAACAUGGUUUGGUCGUACAUUUAUUCGUUCUUGUUGUAAACUCAGUUAUGAAGAUGCUCAGGAAUUUAUUGAUCACCCUGAUAAGGACUGGUCGUCCAAUGAAUUUGUCAAGGUAGAUCAACCAUAUACCGUAAUGGAUAUUUGUAAAAAUGUCUUGAAGUUAAACGAUCUGGCUACUAAAAUGCGUAAAAGUCGUUUUCACUCUGGAGCGCUUCGCUUAGAUCAAGUAAAGUCUACCUUUUCUCUUAAUAACGAAAACGGACUACCAUUGGGUAUAGCCCCUUACAUUUCGAAGCAGAGUAAUUGGCUUAUUGAAGAAUGGAUGUUAGCAGCAAACAAAUCAAUUGCUGAACGCUUAGCUAAAUACUUACCCGACUCAGCUUUUUUGAGACGACAUCCACCACCAUCUGUAAAACAGCUGACCGAAGUUUCGUCUAGUCUAAAUGUUGCUGGGAUAAAUAUUAAUAUUGAUUCUGCCGGUUCAAUACAGGAUUCAAUUUGCCGUGAAGCAGGUUGUAAUGUCGAAGUUGGAUAUCACUACUCAGAUGCCCUUGUCAAAUUGUGUGAUGAUUUUAUGUCCAAUGUUUUGAUUCAUGAUGGCGAUUUAAUAGAAGAAAUGCAAAAAGUGGCCCUCAACUCAGUUGUUCAAAAGGAGAAGUUACUAUUCAAAACUCUUGAACAUGAAGCACGACUUCUUGUUACAGUUGCUUUAUUGACUAAAACAAUGAAUUUGGCUGUCUACUUCUGUUUAGGUCUACUACCAUCCGAGUUAUCGCCCUCACAUUAUGCUUUAAAUAUGCAAUUGUACACACAUUUCACUUCUCCUAUUCGUCGUUACGCAGAUGUUAUAGUUCACCGGCAAUUGUCAGCUACUUUGGCCAAAGAAGAAAGUGAUCCUGAAAAAGCAGAUUGGUAUUUAAGUACAGCCUUUCCAAAAGAAAUGACGCCAGUCGAAUUGCAACAACAGGCUGAGGUUUGCAAUUCUAAAAAAUUGUCUGCCCGACUUGCUGGGGAAGAAAGUGCUGAAUUAUUCUUUGUUCUGUUUGUCAAGGAAACAGGUCCAUUUAACGAAGUAUGCGCUGUAACAUCUGUGCUCGAUCGUUCAUUUGACGUUCUUAUCCUUUCUUGUGGUCUCACUAAAAGAGUUUAUUUACAGAAUCUAAAUUUGAAAAGUUAUGAAUUUGUUCCUCCCAAAACCGCUAUGGGAAAAGUCGUGGAGAGUGGAAAACUCUGUCUUCUAUGGAAUAGUGAUUUAUUAGAAAAUUUCAAUAUAAAGGGUUCGGAUUCUGCAGAUUGUAUUCAAAAUAUUACUGUUGGUUCGAAAACUACAUUAUCAAGUUGUGGUUGCUUUUAUAUGGAAAUUAAAGUUUUUGAUGUUGUCCGGUGUCGCGUUUCAGUUGAUUCUUGCAGUUCUAUAGACGAUGCCAGUCAGUGUGGUCGUCAAAAUACCUUAUUGCCAAAAUUACUUGUUACACUACUACGGUCAACAUGUAAAGAAUGUCACGUUGUUUAA